CGAGCAACCAGGGGUCUAUGAGUUGGUUAAAGCCUGCAAAGCUACGUUGUGCGGAAGUUUCUUUGCGAGAAAUUUCUCUACAAAAUUGGAAUCAGGAAAAACAUCUGUUUACGUCUGUUACAUAAGAACGCACGUUGACAUACUGUCUCUUCAUAAGUCAUUCGUCUUACCAUCAAAGUCAUAUUUUUAAGUUGUAAUCACAUUACGUUUCUUUUGAUUUUAUUCAUUUUAAAAUGGAAAAGAUACAUUCCUCCGUUGCUUUGGUGGAGCGGCCAUCGCCAGACGACUUACGUGUUCAACUGGUCGACUCAGAAAGGUCUGGAAGGAAAUCUCAGAGUGACUUGGUAGAAUUGGCUAUGCAUAUUCAAAAAGCUGAUGCAUUUACACGUUCCAAUGUUUGCAACAAGCUUCAAGUAAUUGCUGAUCAAGUAAGGUUUCUCCACGAACAAGCAAGAAGGAUCCUCGAAGAAACAAAGGAAGCUGAAAACUUGCACCAUCUUGCAUGUAAUUUUAAAAAAAUUCCUGGAAAAAUUUACUACCUAUAUCAAAGGGGUUCUGGCCAAAAAUAUUUUUCAAUGCUAUCUCCAGAGGAAUGGGGUCAAAGUUGCCCCCACACUUUCUUGGGAGGCUAUAGACUAGAAGCUGAUAUGUCAUGGACUCCAGCCGCGAAAGUUGAGAAAAAGGAUAAUGAAUUGCGUUUAAUCGAUCAGAUAUUAGAUGGUAACAAAACUUUAUCAGCGGCGAUCGACAUGGAUCGAAAGUUACCGCAAGGUCAAAUAACCUUCAACUAAAUCUCCAAAGUAAAAAUCGUUCUUUACCGACCGUUGGUACUUGAAUUUGGUAUGCUCAAUUUUUAUUGCAUACAACUUUAUUACGUGCUGAUAUAAAAUUUUUAAAGAAAUAUUUGAUUUGAUUUGAUUUUCUGAAAAAGGAAAUACUAAUAGCCUUUGAAACCCCA